AUGUCGAAUAACAUGGCCAAGAUUGCAGAUGCUCGAAAGACAGUGGAGCAGCUGAAACUGGAGGUGAACAUAGAGAGGAUGAUGGUAUCCAAAGCAGCAGCAGAUCUGAUGGCCUACUGUGAAACUCACGCUAAAGAGGACCCUCUGGUGACACCUGUACCUUCUUCAGAGAACCCUUUCAGAGAGAAGAAAUUAUUCUGUGAAAUACUAUAG